AUGACUUGUAUAAGGGUCAAUAAUUUUUAUAAUAAAAAAAGAUUUAAAACUGAUAAUGGUGAACAAGGAAUUGUCAAUGUUAUUUAUCUUCCUGACCCAGAAUUAAGUGAAUUUUCUGAAAGUGAAUCUGAAAGUUAUGACGAAAACACUGACAUAGUUAAACCAGUUUAUUGCGAACCAAACAAUGAAGUUUAUUUUGUUAUUGAAUCAGAAAAUGAAUCAACUGAAUCAGAAAGUGAAUCUAGGAAUGAAUCAACAAGUGAAACAGAAGCUUUUGAUAAUGAGAGUAUUCAUAGUCAUAAAAGUAAAUCUAAAGGAAACCAAAAAAUAGUACAAAAGAAUGUCAUAACCAAACAAAAUGUAGGAAGAGGCAGUAAAAAUGAUUAUCGUUGGCGCAAACAAUCACCUCACAAUGUUGAUUCUAGAGAAUUCGAGAAGACUCCACAUUUGGAAUGGUCGCCAAGGCAAUACUUCAAUGAAUUUUUUAAUGCAGCACUAUUCAAAGUCAUUGCUGAUCAGACAAACUUAUAUUCUGUGCAAAUAACUGGAAAAUCUAUUAAUACUAAUUGUGAUGAAAUUGAACAGUUUAUUGGGAUACUAAUUACUAUGGGCGUGCUAAAAUAUCCACAAUAUAGAAUGUAUUGGUCUCAACACACUAAAUGUGCAUCAAUUGCAGAAGUUAUGGCUUUAAAACGAUUUGAGUUAUUAAAAAAAUAUUUUCAUGUAAAUGAUAACACACACAUGCCAAAAAAAGGCACAGCAGAAUAUGAUCAUUUGUACAAAGUUAGACCAAUUGUGCAAUCUGUUCUUGAUAUGUGCAGGUUAGUAGAACAAGAAGAAUGUCAGUCUAUUGAUGAGCAAAUUAUUCCCACAAAAUCAAGAUGUCCGAUCAGACAAUAUCUUCCAAAGAAGCCACACAAAUGGGGCAUAAAAGCCUGGGCACGAUGUGGAGUCAGCGGAUUGCUUUAUGAUUUUACUAUCUAUCUUGGCAAGGAAGAAAAUACUGAUAUUUCUAAAGAAUAUGGUAAAGUUGGAGCAGCAGUGCCUUAA